UCGUCUGUAAUUUUGUAUAUGUUUCGGAAAUGUGAUUCGCAACUAUUGAAACGAAAUUUUUUUCAGUUCCUAGUUUCCUUUCACUUUAUCUCACUUAUAUGUUCCUUUAGCCUUGUUGCCUGCAAUCUUGCAACCUCUUUGUUUAUCCUAUACAAAAUUUGUUUACAAAACUGGGUAUGACCCAAAUAUAUAAGCCACCGUCUCCUUCGCCACAAGGUGCUCCAGCAGAGAUCGCUGGCGGACUGGUCUAACCUGUUCUUGUCAGAAUGCGUCAUCAGCAGGAAGAGCACAUACAUAAAUAAACGUUUAUUUAUUUAUAUAUUUGCCAACCUGCUAUUGAUUUUCUCAAUUCAGAGGUAUUCAUAAAUCUUUCUUUUCAAUUUCGACUCCAAAAGUCGCCAAAUGCCUCCCAAGCACAUCUGCCCUGCAGUUUUCAAACAUUCCGAUCUAUCCUGGAACCUAAAUCAGUUCCAUUUCGAACCAAUUUCAAUUUCAUUGGAAAUUCAUUUAUUAUCUCUGAUCGUUCUAGAAUUAGUCACCUCUGCUUAAUUCCAUAUUCUUUAUCACUACCUGGCUGUCCCUAAAAAUAUUCAAGCUCCCAUAGAGUAUCAGCAAACUAGCGCAAGAUCUCGCUUAUUGCAACCAAUCCGCCGGAAAGAUGUUGCAGUGGCCCGGAGGACGACAAGAAAUCAUUUGUGGAAGAUUACUCUCUUAGUUCUAUCGAUCAGCUUUGAUCCAUCUGUCUAAAAGUGAAAUAUUUUCACAAUAUUUCUGCACAAUCAAUACUAAAAACUUGUCCCCAAGAAAAUAAGAAACUCGCUUUAUCAGAGGAUACAUUAUUAACCCGCAGCUCAGUUGAAAACGAGAUUAAGAACUUGGGCCAACCCAGAUUUAGAGAGAACUUAUAAACGAAUAUUCAAAAUAACAAGAUAUACAUUAUAACGUCAUGUUUUUUGUUUAAAAAAACUAAGUCAAAUAAUUUGAACCUGUCUUCGUAAAGAGGAUGUUUACUGAGUCCUAAGGUACUGACUUGAUUCUUUAGAAAUUCGACUCUUUCAAUUGCAAAAAUUAAUUCAUAAUUUAUUAUAACCAUAGAUUAGACUAAUCUAUAAAGAUAAAGGUAUAAUUAUGAAAGCUCUGAACAAGGGCUUUUCCUUAAUUUUAUUUCAUUUUAAGUGUUUGUUAAGCUGAGCUUUAAUUUUAUGUAUCAAAUAUUCCUACUUAUUAUGGGGUUCGGGAACUAUGCAAAUAUUCUAACUAGGACAAAAAACUACGUUUCUUUAGUAGUUUCUUUAAUAAUAGUUAUAAUCUUAUAUACGUAUUCUUAUUAUAUGCAGUGACAAAGUUUUGUAAAGGCGGCGCAGGAAAAAAUUUAAAAUACAGCUAUUAAUUAGUAAACGUGUAAGAUGAAAGCUAUUUAAUAACAAAUUUAAUUAAGAGUUUAUUACACAUUAUAAUUAUUUGUAUAUAUACAUAUACAUACAUAAUACUUUUGGGUUGUAUGUGGAUCUACAUUUCUACUGUAAAAUAAUUAUUCUGAUAAUACAUAGCUUAACUAGAUUGGUAUACUUAUACGAGUACAUUUGAAUAAAAAAAAACUUUCAAUUUUUAUAUAUAUUUAGUUCAAGUUGGUUAAUUAUCAAAAAAUUUGAAAGUAAUAAAAGAAGCAAAUAACAAAAUAUUAAAAUUUUAAUAUUGCAUAUUAUUAAUGACGUGCUCGUUAGUGAUAUGUUUUAUUCCUCCGAUGCUGGUAAUUUAACCGGUGGGGUUGGUGUUGGGGAGCCAAAAAAUAACAAUAGUAAUAUCAAAAUAAAUCCAUUACGCAUACCUAAAUCACCAUCGUUCCAUAGUGGUUUAGAUUUGGCGGCAACAGUUGAUAAGAAUUUCUCAUAUAUUAAUCAGUCACGUUCAACAGGUAGUUUUACAAAUAUGCCCUCUUUAGAUCAACAACAUCAACAACAACAACAACAACAAUCAUAUCAACAACAAGAAUACACAUCAAGUAAUUUACUAAAGUCUACAUCAACAAACACAAAUUCAUUUAAAAUUUAUCGUAAUAGUAUAAAACCAAACAAGGGUUUUAUUGAUACUGGAGAUGUAACAGCAACACCAGCAAUACCAGCAACUGCAGUAAUAUAUACAAUACCAUCAUCCACAAUAGCAAAUAAUUCCAUAAUUGAUUUUAAAACUGUUGCUAAUGGCAGUAAUAAUAUUGAGAGCAAUGGGAGUUAUAAUAGAACAGCAUCUGCUGUUUUUAGCAAUGGAAAUGGUACAAAUUUUAUACCAAAUGUAAAUAAUUCAUUAGCAAUGACAAUAACAACUGGUACGAGUGGUGUUUCAAAUCUAUCAUACUCAUUAUCGUCAUCUUCGUCGUCAACAUCAUCAACAUUAUCAACUACAUCUAUACUGACAACUGUGGCGACAACUGUAUCAUCGUCUCUAUCAAAUACGUCAUCACCUCAACUUGCUACAGGAUCAAUAUCAUUAACAUCAUCGCAUCAACAAGUAAUGCCAACAUUAUCUGGUAGUCCUAAUAGAGCCAGAGACAGAAAUAUAUACAAUGCUCCACCAGCUAGUGCUGCUAUAUCUCUACCUAAUUUAAGAGAUACACCUGGGAACGAACGGGAGGAAUUAUUUAUACAAAAAUUAAAACAAUGUUGUACAUUAUUCGAUUUUUCCGAACCUUUAAGCGAUUUAAAAUGGAAAGAAGUAAAACGUGCAGCACUGCACGAGAUGGUUGAAUAUUUAAGCAACAAUAAUGGCGUUAUUACGGAACAGAUUUAUCCAGAAGCGAUUAAUAUGUUUGCUGUUAAUUUGUUUAGAACAUUACCACCAUCAUCAAAUCCAAAUGGUGCUGAAUUUGAUCCAGAAGAGGAUGAACCAACACUAGAGGCAUCGUGGCCGCAUCUGCAAUUUGUUUAUGAAUUAUUUUUACGUUUCCUUGAAUCGCCAGAUUUUCAACCAAAUGUUGCUAAACGUUAUAUUGAUCAUCAUUUUGUUUUACAAUUGUUGGAACUAUUUGAUUCAGAAGAUCCUAGAGAAAGAGACUUUUUAAAAACUGUUCUACAUAGAAUUUACGGAAAAUUUUUAGGACUAAGAGCAUUUAUAAGGAAACAAAUCAAUAAUGUAUUUUAUAGGUUCAUAUAUGAAACAGAACAUCACAAUGGAAUUGCUGAGCUAUUAGAAAUUUUGGGUAGCAUUAUAAACGGUUUUGCAUUACCACUUAAAGAGGAGCAUAAACAAUUUCUAUUAAAGGUUUUAUUACCUCUGCACAAAGCAAAGAGUUUAUCUGUAUAUCAUCCCCAAUUAACUUAUUGUGUUGUUCAAUUUCUUGAAAAGGAUCCUAGUUUAUCAGAACCAGUAAUUAGGAGUUUACUGAAAUUUUGGCCAAAAACACAUAGUCCCAAAGAAGUAAUGUUUUUGAAUGAAUUGGAAGAACUAUUGGAUGUUAUAGAACCAGCUGAAUUUCAAAAAGUUAUGGUACCUCUAUUUCGUCAAAUUGCAAAAUGUGUAUCAAGUCCACAUUUUCAAGUUGCUGAACGUGCCCUUUAUUAUUGGAAUAAUGAAUAUAUAAUGUCAUUAAUAGCUGAUAAUUCACAAAUUAUAUUACCAAUAAUGUUCCCAUCUUUAUACCGCAAUUCUAAAACUCAUUGGAAUAAAACUAUUCAUGGCCUAAUAUAUAAUGCAUUAAAAUUAUUUAUGGAAAUGAAUCAAAAAUUAUUCGAUGAAUGUAACAAGAACUAUCGUCAAGAAAAACAAGCUGAAAGAGAUAAAAUGAGUCAGCGAGAAGAGUUAUGGUCGCAAAUUGAGAUUUUGGCCAAAAAUAAUCCAGAAUUUUCAAAACUUCAAAUAUGCAAUCAAACAGUAUCACUCAGUAUUUCUAAUAGUCAAAUAGAGUAUGAACAAAUUACUGAAAAUUGUGAUUUAACUUAUGACAAAAUAGAACAAGAAACUCGUGAGGUUGGUGAUAUAUAUUCCCGUAAUGAGCGAAAUAAGGAUAAACCAUUGAUUCGAAGAAAAUCUGAUUUACCUGCUGAUACUGGAACAGUUCGUGCUCUUAUUGAACAUAAACGUGCGGAUGAAUAUCUUAAAACUCCACCUGAUGUCAAUAACUGCUAGAAUAACGCUCCUUUAUAUAAUAUAAAAUGAAAUAUUUAAAGAAAUUUAUCUAUAAACAAUGUUAAAAAUAUAAAAUUAAAAAGAAAUAAACACAAGUGUUAUUUUAAGUUUAUAAAUAUUUUUAAACUUAAAAACAAAAACAGCUAUUUUUUUAAUCAUUAUCAUUGCUAUUAAUAUUAAUAUUACAAUUAUUUUUUAUUAUAUUAUUAUUAUCAAUAUUACAAAUAUUAUAUCUAAUAAAAAACAUAAUUUUUAAUACAUAGCUAGAUUAUACUUGGCGCGCAAAAAUAUUGCACUGAUAUAAAAAUAUGUAUGCAUACAAAAUUAUAUGUAUUUAUGUAUAGAUACAAACAUUUUAUAAAUUGAAUAUAAAAUAAGAACUAAAAAUAUGAGUU